AUGCUUUCCGACCAGCUCUUCCGGUCCGACCAGCUCUCCAGUCUUCCAAUCCAACCAGCUCUUCCAGUCCGACCAGCUCUUCCAGUCCGACCAGCUCUUCUAGCCCGACCAGCUCUUCCAGUCCCACCAUCUCUUCCAGUCCCACCAGCUCUUCCAGUCCCACCAGCUCUUCUAGUUCGACCAGCUCUUCCAGUCCGACCAGCUCUUCCAGUCCAACCAGCUCUUCCAAUUCGACCAGCAACUCUUCCGGCCCGACCAGCUCUUCCGGCUCAACCAGCUCUUCUCGUCCGACCAGCUCUUCCAGUCCCACCAGCUCUUCCAGCCCGACCAGCUCUUCCGGCCCGACCAGCUCUUCCAGUCCCACCAGCUCUUCCAGUCCGACCAGCUCUUCCAGUCCGACCAGCUCUUCCCGUCCGACCAGCUCUUCCAGUCCGACCAGCUCUCCAGUCGGACCAGCUCUUCCAAUCCGACCAGCUCUUCCAGUCCGACCAACUCUUCCAGGCGGCGUGUGGAGGAGAGUGUGGGAGCCAAGAGAUGGAGCGGGUGAAGAACAGCAGCAGCGGGACGGGUGCUUGCAGGAAUGGGAAGAGUCUUGCAGCAGAGUGCAAGGUGAGUGGUGGAGUGGUCCAUGUGCAAAAGGCAUGUGUGGAUAACCAUUCAGAGGAAGGGGCGGAUGGGCAGCAUGUGGUGGGGCGGAUGGGCACCAUGUGGCUAGCUGCACAGGAGAAGGUGGGUGAGAGUGCAAGCAGGAGUGAGAAUACAUCAGAGGUGGCGCAGGCACACGGGACCAGGGAGGGUAGGAGUGGGAGAAGCAUCAGCAUUGCGGCGUGCCACGCCUCCUUGCCUUGCCAUCUUGAACCGCCGGAGCACAGCACACAGCAUAGUGGGGCAGUAGUGGGAGGGGAGGUUCUAGGUAAGCAGGAAUGUGCGAAAGCGUCAGUGCAGGAAGGCAGUGCAGCAAGCACGGUUGAUACAAGCGCCGUUCACUGUAGCACGGUUGAUACAAGCGCCGUUCACUGUAUCACGGUUGAUACAAGCGUCGUUCACAGUAGCACUGUUGAUACAAGCGCCGUUCACAGUAGCACGGUUGAUACAAGCGCCGUUCACUGUAGCACGGUUGAUACAAGCGCCAUUCACUGUAGCACGGUUGAUACAAGCGCCGUUCACUGUAGCACGGUUGAUACAAGCGCCGUUCACUGUAGCACGGUUGAUACAAGCGCCGUUCACUGUAGCACGGUUAAUACAAGCGCCAUUCACUGUAGCACGGUUGAUUGUAGCUCCACUGACUGUACUCUUGAUUAUAGCACCUGCACGGACUUGGCGACAAUGGUGCUGGCACUGGCAGUGGUGACACUGGUGGCGAUGACAGUUGUGGUAGCUGCAGUGUCACGUGCAGUGGCAGUCAAUUCCGAUGUGGCCAGAGUGCUGGCAGCGAUAUGGGUUACAGCAGCAGUCCCAUUUGUAGCAAGGGUGGAGGCAACAGUGGCUGCAGUCCCAGUCGCCAUGAUUGGAGGAUGA